UGCGGCUGCACACUGGGAGUCAGCCGUGAACUCUGCUGUCCCGUGAGGUCCGGUGAUGUAUGAUCUCACAACAUUCACCUGGUUAUGUAAACAAACUCAUUAAUCCAGACGUGUGCUUAUUAUACUAGCCUACUAGUGAGUGGAGGGUCAUUGUACGCGGUGCUGUCGACAUUCUACUGUACUUGAAUAUAAAGGAUGGGCGUGAGUCGCACUCGAAAGGGAAGCGAGGGGGAUCCAUUUUCAGCAUAGAAGGCGAGCUCACUGCUCAGUUCACUCUGCGCGCUGCUUCCUAUGCGGAGUGAGAGAGAAGCGCUAUGGAUACUACAGGCAACACCACACCAGCUGUCUGAAGAGCAGCCAAAUAUCAACUGAAACGCACAGGAGGGAGGGGAGUGUGAGAAACAUAGGUUGUGUGUGUGUGUUAAAGUGUGCAUGUUAGAGAGAGCGAGAGAGAGGACUAAGGUUGGACCAGGUGAUCACGUCCUAUCAAACCUCCAAGGAGCUGCCGGCCAGGAUCAGUGUUUACAGGAAGGAUCAGAGUUCCGACCAGAACAUGGUGGUGCCAGCCCGCUGCCCGGGACCCUGUGCCAUGCUGGCGCUCAGCCUUCUCAUGGGAUACGGCGUGGUGCGCUGCGUCGCUGGUCAGAACGACACGGAGCCCAUCGUACUGGAGGGGAAGUGUCUGGUGGUCUGCGACUCCAACCCGUCCUCGGACGGCGGGGUGACUUCAUCGCUCGGGAUAUCCGUCCGGUCGGCUGGCGCCAAGGUAGCUUUCUCCGCGGUGCGCGGGACGAAUCACGAGCCCUCCGACAUGAGCAACACGUCCAUGACCAUCUACUUUGACCAGGCUUUAGUGAACAUCGGCAACCAUUUCGAUCUGAAAGCGAGUGUCUUCCAGGCGCCACGGAGGGGCAUAUACAGCUUCGGCUUUCAUGUGGUCAAGGUCUACAACAGACAGACCAUACAGGUCAACCUGAUGCAGAACGACUACCCGAUCAUAUCAGCUUUCGCCGGUGACCAGGACGUCACUCGGGAGGCGGCCAGCAACGGCGUUCUUCUGCAGUUGGAGCGCGAGGACCGGGUGUAUCUGAAGCUGGAACGGGGCACGCUCAUGGGCGGAUGGAAAUAUUCCACGUUCUCAGGCUUCCUUGUCUUUCCACUAUAAUUUAAUAUGUGAUCACGGAAAUCGCAAACGUGACAUGGUUGAGGAACGAUAAAAAAAAAAAUGUUGCUCUUUUAUUUGAAGUGAACUGUCAGAGGAAGAAGACAGAUUCGUAUGUGUACACACUACACACUUUACAGUAUCUAUUUCAUUCAAACAUUAACGUUUCCAUGGAGUUCGUACAUCCAAAUCCAUCGACUAAAACCCUAUCUGGAAGGAUAAUCGAAUCGAUCUACCCGUGAUGUAUAGGUCUACCACUUGUCGAUUAUUUGGAUUUUAUCGCUUGGGAGUCAACUAACUUUUGUCAACAGACUGUCAAGUCAGUCUACCUCUGUGUACCCUGACUGCUGAACAGAUGAGAAUAAUAUUAUAUAAAUCGAAAAGCUUAAAACUUCCCGAACUAACGUGUAUUUACCAAUGCUCUCUCUAUUUUGUGUUUGUGUAGCCUUAAAUAAUAAUGUUUCCGUCAAGUGAGGUGUAUGGAAUUCUUAUGGACGUCCAGGAGAAGAAGAGUGCUUUCACGCCGAAGACUUUUUUUAAUUUUUUUGUUGCAGGAAUGGAAGAAUGUGUUUGUUUUUUGUUGCAGGAAUGGAAGAAUGUGUUUGUUUUUUGUUGCAGGAAUGGAAGAAUGUGUUUGUUUUUUGUUGCAGGAAUGGAAGAAUGUGUUUGUUUUUUGUUGCAGGAAUGGAAGAAUGUGUUUGUUUUUUGUUGCAGGAAUGGAAGAAUGUGUUUGUUUUUUGUUGCAGGAAUGGAAGAAUGUGUUUGUUUUUUGCUGUUCAUGGUGUUCCGUUUGGAUGCUGAACAUGUUGAAAAGAAGGCAAAUAUAGGCUGCCUAACUAUCCAGAGAUUAUAUAAAAGAUUUUUUUAAAAAGCGACAUAUUUCAGCCAAUGGACACGUCUAUAGAAACUCUUUUACAAAAAAAAUAUUUAUCUAAUUUAUAAAGUACAUAUUCACAUUAUGGUGUGUUCUACAUUUCGGAUCUGCGUAGCUUUAACUGAUAUUGUGUCCAGUGACGUUGCUCACAAAUGUACAUUGUGAAAAAUAACAACAGAAAAAUCCCAAUUAUAUGAUGUCCCGCCUAAUAAAUAA